CAAAGAUAAGGCAAGGAAAAAUGUCAGAAGUGGAUUGAAUUUUCAUCACUGGUAAUCCCUCGAUUUUCAUUUAGUCAGUUUCACUGACGAUUUGUCUAAUUUCAUAAACGGUUGAGAAAUAUCUGCUGCUCCUCAGCGGUUUCUCACUCUUGAGUGUUUGUGUGAAGCAACCGAAAAUAUGUCGACUGCCAGCAUUUUCAUUGGAUCCUUAUUCGACAGAUCCAGGUUUUCGCAGAAUGCUGUCCAAAACACAUUACUUGGAAUCUACUUUCCCUUUGGUGUUUUCUUGGCUAUUGUACGAGCUUUCAUCACCCUUCAAGUUUUUGUCGCUGCUUUUCUUUUACCACCCAUGACUUACAUCAGGAGCAUAUGUUUCCGAAUAUUAUUUGCUGUCCUUGGUUUUUGCACCCAAAAAGACGAAUCGUCGGAGGAAAGAGAUGAAACUGCCCCUGUCAUUGUUGCUAAUCAUGUAUCAAAAUUUGAUUGCAUCCCUUUUCAUAUUUUAACUGGAUGUAUCUCGCCAAGCGUCUGGGAGCUCCCAUCACCGCUGUCGUUUAUUCUUGGACUGAGUCGCUCCAAAUCUAAACCAAAAACCAACGGUGAAAUGGUGUCUUUCUUACGAUCUCACAUUUCAGAAAGUAAAAUUCCGGUCGUACUUUUUCCGGAAGAGGAAACGACCAACGGAAGAGCUGGUCUUCUGAAAUUUUCCGAUUGGUCUAUGACACUGAGCGAUCGAAUCCAACCGGCAGUGAUUCAUGCCUGGCGACCGUGGUUUGUUCAGACAAACAUAUCUCAUCUCGGUGCUUCGUGGUACUCUGAUCUCUUUUGGUUUCUGUUGACUCCUUGGACGGCAUUCUCUAUCAGGUACUUGCCAACAAUCGAGCGAAACACGGACGAAACGGACGAAGCCCUGGCCAAGCGACUGCAAAAAUCAAUUGCAGAUAGUUUGAACAUCAGUGUUACCAAUUACUCAGCUAAAGACAAGAGGGAGUAUGAAAAAAGGUAUCUGUUAGAGCUUAACGCACCGACUGUGGUACGGAAUCGACCCGAUGUAUCAGCAGAGGUUCUUCAAAAAGCAUACCAAGUUGUUCAGGUGCUACCGCACGUUCCAUUAGAUAUUGCUGUGAAGCAACUUUUGAAAAAUCACAAAAAUGUGGAUAUGACUAUUUCUAGUAUAUUAGAAGAUCCAUCAAUCGCACCCUCUGCGUCUGGGGAUUCUGGAAAUAACUCUGUCAAUAAACAAAAAAUUAUUAGCAAGGAGCCUCAAAACCAAAAUGCCUCAAUUUUCUCUAGUUCGCCACAGUCUAGGAUGACAGCGUUCCAGGAAAGGAAAGCAGCCUUAAUUGCAGAAGCUCGUCAAAAAUAUAUUGAAAAACAUGGUCUCAAAUUAGAAUGAGCGUACCAUCAACUAAGUGAUUCAUUUAAUAUGCAAGUUGGUUGACGCAUGAAAAGUUAGGAAUUAGAAUCUCUGAAUUUGAGGGUCUCAGUCAUUGCAAGAGUGGAUCAAAGACCUGAAGAUAGUGCAAUUGUAUUUCAGUUUUCUUAUGUCUUCAGGGUGAAUAGGUCAAAUUGCAGAACCGUAUUUACUAAGAGUUUAUCCUGUAAAUUUUUAAAAUAAAAAAUUGAGUCCUCUCUUGAUUCUUUAAAAUAAUUUCAGGCGUCUCCUCUGAUUUCUGGUCAUUUUUGAAAUGUUAAUUUGGAGAAACCUCAAAGUUGUUUUUCAGGAUCCUACGAAAAUGUUGAAGGAAAAAUUCCUAUCCUUUUUAUUCACCUGCUGGUUGUAAUCUAAGCGUUGUGCGAAUGUCCAUGUGUGAGGGCCGUUCUUAAAAUAUGUAAUGCUCUAAGAGGAGAGAGGGUCUGAGCCUGCAUACAGGAACAUCAUAAGAGGAGGGCGUCAAGGACUUAAAAUUAGUUGUGUAUCGAUAAAAUGGGCUUAUAGUGCUGAUUUUUCGGAAAUCCAAGACAACAAAUACAUGCGAAUUAAUGAUUUUUCAUCAAAAAUUCAUCCUAAGACGCUAAUUUGAGGAAGGAAGGUCAAAUAAUGCGUUAUGUUAUGCAAGUUUUAAACAACUCUUAUUUUUCAACAGAAAGUAAGCAUUGUAAACAGAAAAAAAUCAAUUAGAACUCAUAAUCUUCACUUACAAAAAUAAUUUACCACUUUUGGGUCGAUUCCUCAUCAUAAUCAGAGAUAUGUGAUAGUUAACCACUGAAUUUUUUCUGUUUACAGGGCGUUAAAUAAUUUUUUUGUGUGUGUAGAUGUGUGUUAGGAGAAGAGGGAGGUAAGAAAAUUAAAUUUUCAGCAUCAUAUAUUUUAUGGAUAGCCUUGAAGCGCACAUUACAGGAAUGUUUUGGGAAAAGUCAGCUAUUGACGUAAAAUAAUUUUACUUUGGUUGUUGCGUUUUUACUCUGCAAGAGUUGUCUUAUCUGUUCAAAAAUGUUGCUCCCUUAGGUUAAAUCCAGUAAUAAAGGACGAUGCUUAAACUCAAGAAGUCCAUCAUUGGAUAACUUUUUCUCUUUGAAAAUUGUGUCUAUUUUUGGCAUUGAAACUUUUGUAAACGUAGAUAAAUGGACCAAGUUUGGUGGAGAAGCGACAUAUCUGCCUCUCAUUUCCGUCGAAUGAUAGUUGCUUUUAUAAAUGUACUUUUCCAUGUACUUUGUCUUGCUCUGCUAUAUCUGGCCCGAGUGUAUUAUAAGUCUUCCAAAACUUGUGAAUCGUAUCAUCACUGGGAGUAAAAUAAUUUAAGUUUUCCUCAUGCACCUAUUUAGUCAUUAUGUUUGAUAGUGUUUUCCUCAAAAAUCUACCCAAUUGUUAUGAUUCUUUUUAAGACUGCAAGUUUAGUUGAACAGAGAAAAUUUAUCUUAUCUGGAAAGUUUCCUCAUCUUUUAUCAAGUAGGUAUUUUUCUUUCUUCUGUGUUAAGUUUCGUAAUGAAAGUUUAUUCAGUAUAUUUUACUAUUUUUAUAAGCAGUAAUACACUGUACUUAAUUAAUGAAUUUGUAGAUCAUUGUGUAAAUUUAAUUUUUGUAAAUAAAUAAUUAUUGUAGACCAGUCAA